AUGGGUUUAACCAGGCGCGUUUUACUUCUUUUAUUAGCGGCCUUUUCCUACUACAGGAUAAAUGCUGAACAAGUUGUCGUCUUGGACACCACGGGGGAGGCGAGUUUGGAUUGGACGCGGUACCCUUAUGGACCGCAAGCGAACACUCCAGGGUGGGUGGAGGAGUCUUUCACGAAUUUCCAAAAGGGCAUUAAUUGGAGAUCGUAUGUAGUCUGUGAUGUGGCCUACAACAAUGUUAACAACUGGUUGUGGACGCCGUUUAUAGAUAGGAACGUUUCGAACAGGAUGUACAUUGAAAUUAAAUUUACGAUACGGGAUUGCAGUCUUUUUCCUGGAAACGCCUUGUCGUGUAAAGAAACAUUUAGUUUGCUGUAUUACGAAUUUGAUGCAGUUACAAGAGAACCACCCCCAUGGGAUGCUGAAAGAUACAAACUUAUAAGUCGCAUAGCCGCUGGUGAAGGACGAUUCAACUCCAACAGCGAAGUCAACAUCAACACAGAAGUCAAAAGCAUUCCUGUCACCAAAAAGGGAGUGUACUUCGCUUUUAGAGACCAGGGAGCUUGUAUAUCUCUUUUAGCAAUAAAAAUUUACUACAUAGUCUGUCCAGAAGUGACAAUAAACUUUGUUAGAUUUCCAACGACGCCAACUGGCAAAGGAAUUACUACCAUCGAACAAUCAUCGGGUACUUGCGUUAGCAAUGCAGAAGCUGUAGGUGGUACUCCAACUUAUCUCUGCCAAGGUGACGGUAAAUGGACACUGCCAACUGGAAGCUGCAAGUGCAAGGCUGGUUUCCAACCGGAUUUGGAGAAACAAACUUGCAACGUAUGUCAACAAGAAACGUAUAAAGCCGAAACAGGUGAUGGUCCAUGUCUUCCAUGUCCUCCAUUCUCUCAAGGACCAGAUUACGGUUUAACAGAAUGUAGAUGCAUUCCUGGAUAUUAUAGGUCACCUACAGAUCCUAGAAACAUGUCUUGUACACAACCUCCAUCAGCACCACAAAACUUAACAGUCACUUUCGUGGACCAACUUACUGUUAUUUUAAGUUGGUUACCUCCUGAUAAUCUUGGUGGGAGAUCGGAUACUGUUUAUAGGAUAAAGUGCGACGCUUGUAGUCCGGGAUUGGUUCAAUAUAAUCCUAAUUCGGAAACCUUUAACGAUACUCGGAUAACCAUAAGCGGUUUGAACGCGGUUACGACCUACAGAUUUCAGAUCUUCGCCGAAAACGGAGUUUCGCACGCCGGUCAUAGAGACGCUCCGGAAUACGCCGAUAUCGUAGUCACAACCGAAGCUUCGGUUGCAAGCAGCAUUACCAACAUUAGGGUAACUUCCGUUAAAAGUACGGAGAUCAACUUGGCUUGGGAUGCGCCUAGUACAAAUGACGGGUCUGAAAUAGAAAACGAUUUAGUUGAAGCUUAUGAGGUACGAUGGUUUCAAAGAAACGACAUAGAUUACAGCAACAACAGUUUGCUUACGUCUGAUUUGUCAGCUACGGUUACGGGUUUGCAACAAAGGACUGAAUAUGGAUUGCAAGUUAGAGCCAAAACGCAAAGAGGUUGGGGGGCGUAUUCGCCUGUUAUAUUCAAAACGACCGGACAAAUGCUACAUCCAGCUUACAUAGGAGAAGAAGAAGGCUUCAGACUGCAACUGGUGGCUGGAGGAAUCGUUGCAGUCGUCGUAAUUUUGGUUGCCAUCAUCGUAUUAACCGUCGUCUUUAUCAGAUCAAGAUCUAACGAUGAAUGUAACAAAAAACAACCCAGCGAUUGCGAUACGUUGGAAUAUCGUAACGGAGAAGUGACAACACCGCUUUUUACCGGCAUCAGCGGUUCUUCCAGAACCUACAUCGAUCCUCACACUUACGAAGACCCCAAUCAGGCUGUAAGAGAAUUCGCCAGAGAAAUUGACGCCAGUUGUAUAACAAUAGAAGCGAUCAUAGGCGGUGGAGAAUUUGGUGACGUAUGCAGAGGAAAACUGAAAAUGAACGGGGUAGACAUCGAUGUGGCGAUAAAAACCUUGAAGGCCGGAUCUUUGGAUAAAUCUCGAAACGAUUUCCUAACCGAAGCCUCCAUAAUGGGUCAAUUCGAACAUCCGAACGUCAUCUUUUUGCAAGGAGUGGUAACGAAAUCGAAUCCCGUGAUGAUUAUUACCGAGUACAUGGAAAAUGGAUCACUUGACACGUUCCUGAGGGCGAACGAUGGGAAAUUCCAAGUGAUCCAACUCACAGGUAUGCUGAGAGGCAUAGCAUCGGGUAUGCAAUAUCUCAGCGAGAUGAACUACGUCCAUCGAGAUUUGGCGGCCAGAAACGUGCUGGUGAAUUCGCAAUUAAUAUGUAAGAUAGCCGAUUUCGGCUUGAGUCGAGAAAUCGAAAGCGCUACCGAAGGAGCGUAUACGACAAGGGGCGGAAAAAUUCCGGUCCGAUGGACGGCUCCGGAAGCAAUAGCGUUCAGGAAAUUUACUUCGGCCAGCGACGUAUGGUCGAUGGGUAUUGUGUGUUGGGAAGUGAUGUCCUACGGGGAGCGGCCGUACUGGAACUGGUCGAAUCAAGAUGUCAUUAAGAGCAUCGAAAAGGGUUACAGAUUGCCAGCGCCUAUGGAUUGUCCGGAAGCAAUUUACCAAUUAAUGCUAGAUUGUUGGCAAAAAGAAAGGACCCACAGGCCUACUUUCCAAUCGAUUGUAAAAACUUUAGAUAAAUUAAUUCGAGUCCCUGAUACCCUAAGAAAAAUUGCUCAGAAUCGAUCAACCAAUCCCCUGUCCGCCGACGCCCCUGAUCUCACGAAUUUCACUUGCAUCGAAGAGUGGUUGAACUCGAUCAAAAUGACCAGGUACUUGGAGAACUUCCACACCGGCGGCAUCAACAACAUGGACGCCGUCGUCAAUCUCACCGUCAAAGAGUUGACGGAGUUGGGCAUCACGCUGGUCGGCCAUCAGAAGAAGAUCAUGAACAGCGUUCAGAAUAUUAGGGCGCAGAUUCGGGUGAAUGGCAACGAAGGAUUUUUGGUGUAA